AUGGAUAAGCUUUUUGGUAGGGUAAUUAGAAGAAAUCAAGCUGCAGAAGAGUUCAUGAAAAAUGAAGAUGCAAAAGCUCAUGAAAAGGAAACAGUAAAGUAAAAUAUGUAAAUAUAGACUGGCAUAAAGGUUGCUUUGAGACUGUCUUUUAUAGGUUCUGUUGCUUUAUUAUACAAAAGAGGAUUUUUUGCAAAAUAAAGCCCAUUUUUCAUGAGAGAAUUAUUAUUAAUGGUAGGAGGAUAUGGAGUUAUUUCAAUAGGAGAUUUCUUUGCAUCUGAAUAUAUGUGGUCCAACGCUGGAACCAUUAUCAGAAGAUAUACUAAUUAUUCCGAUUCAUAUUAUGUAGAUGAUAAAACUUACAAUAAAAUGAAGGAAAUGUAUAAAUUAAAGUAGAAUUAACCAUAGCAAACUGUAGAAUAUUAAGAAAAUAAUGAUAAAAUGUAUGACUGA